UCCUCCUUCCAUGAUUGUGGUCAGCUAUAAAUAAGAACACCUGGGGAUGGAUGUCAGCUUGACAUCUGGAUGUUCAUUGGGAUAACUGAAUCCUGCCAACUCUUGUCAACAGUAUCUUGGGUGGACCACACAACGAAAUUACCAUAAUGGCGUCCAAGGUCCCAUCAUCAGAAAUGAAAGGCACCAAAGGCACAAUUCUAAGUGAACUUCUCCCUGAAGUACGUCCUGCACGUUGUCAACUAAUAACAGAGAAGGAAAGUGUGGAACAGGAAGAUCACCCCCGUGCACGAUACCAACUAAUAACAGAGAAGGAGAGUCUGGACCAAGAAGAUAAACUCAGAAGAUGUACCUUUGGAAAGAAAGAUCAAAUGAAGGCGAACAAAACCAUUCUGAUAGUUGGAGAAACAGGAACAGGGAAGUCCACUCUGAUUAAUGCCAUGGUCAAUUAUGUCCUGGGGGUGGAGUGGAAGGAGAACGUCUGGUUUGAGAUUGUUGAACAAGAACAGGAGAAUGGAGAGCAGACUGAAAGUCAAACUACAGGAGUCACUGUAUAUGAGGUAUUUGGAUAUGAAGGCAGGAGAGUCCCCUACUCUCUCACCAUUAUCGACACUCCAGGAUAUGGAGACACCAAAGGAAUCCAAGAAGACAACAUAAUCGCCGAAAAAUUGCUUGAGUUGUUCAGGUCUGAAAAAGGAAUUCAUCAAGUUGAUGCUGUGGGUUUAGUGUUGAAAUCAACUACAAAUCGUCUCACUGAAAGACAGAAGUACAUCUUUGAUGGAGUUGUAUCUUUAUUUGGGAAAGAUAUUGAAAAUAACAUUGUGGCUCUUCUGACACAUUGUGACUGGAAUCCCCCAAAGAAUGCGCUAAAAGCCAUUACUGCAGCAAAGGUUCCCUGUGCCAAAAAUGAGAAGAAUCAUCCUGUACAUUUUGUCUUUAAUAACCGUCAAUGUGAAUCCUUUGAUGCGGAAUAUCAGGAACGUUCGGAUUAUGACCACCUUCAGGAGCAGGCCUGGAAUCAAGGAUUAAAAUCCAUGGAAAGGUUUUUCACUUUUUUGAAUACGAUUGAAACAAAGAGUGUAAGGAUGACUGAAGGAGUUCUGAAAGAGCGCAAACAGUUGGAAGCUGUAGUUGUCAACUUACAGGAGAGGGUUAAAGAGAUUGAAGGAAAGCAAACGGAAAUCAAAAUCACUCAAAUUGUCCUGGAGGAAUAUAAGAAUGAAAUGGAGGAAAACAAGAAUUUCUCAUUUGAAGUUGAGGAAAUUUACAAAGAUGAAAUCUCAGUAGAUACAUCAGGGAAUUGGUUUAUUCUCAAUCAAGGAGCGACCAUCUGUACAGUCUGUGAGGAGAACUGUCACUAUCCAGGCUGCUGGUGGGUUAUUAAUCCCGCCUGGUGCCUUGUGAUGGAGGACAACCACUGUACUGUGUGUACUAACAAAUGCCACUUCACCAAGCAUGUCAAGGGAAAUGUAAGGUAUGAUCUCAAGACCAGGAAGGUUACCAGGACAUUUAAACAGUUGAAACAAAAGUAUGACAUAAGUGAGAAAGGUGCUGGGGAGAAAGAGAAUGUGCUCAUCAGACUUCAGAAGGGACUGGAAGAGCUCACAAACAAGAAGGCCUCACUUGUGGAGGAAUCCUACCAGUGUCUCAUCAAACUGGAGAAAACUGCCUUGAAGUCCAUCUCACUGUCCUCUGCUAAACAUCUGGACUUCCUGAUUGAUAGGAUGAAUGAGACAGGAGACGUGGAGAAGAUUAAGAAACUGGAGGAGCUGAAGAAGUUGGCUGAAGAGGAAGAACAGGAUGGUUAAUUCCAGAGAAUGAUGAAUUACAUUAAGAGACCAUAUUAAUACAAAAUACUUCUGCAUUCAGU